AGACCCGUUCAGUGUGGUUCAGUCGUUCAGCGAAAUCGGACACUCGGAGCAGCACGGAGUUUGUGCAGCAAGUUGCUGUAUCGCGACGCGUGCAUAUCGUGGAGGUUCGAUUUGCCGAUAUCAAGUGGAAAAAUCCCGAACAAUCCAACGCUUGAUUCGAGGCCCGGGAUUGCGGGUGGAAGAAACCAUUGUGCCGGAGAAUCGUUUUCGGUUUUGAAGUAACACUCGUAUAGUGCCUGGCAGUGGGUUCGAAAGUUCAGUGCUGUGAAAAGGAAAAUACAAGCACCGACACUGAGCGAUAUGGACAGCAAAGGCUCGCCUUAUCCUAAUGCUCCCGGUGGCAUGCCAAUGCCUGCCCAGAGCCAAUUCCAGCCGCAAUCCAGCGGAUACCCUCACCAGCAGAGCUAUUCGCAUCCUCCUCCUCCGCCACCAUACGAUGCAAAUGCAAAUAUGAUUCCGCCAAAUCAACCCCAGGCAGCCUAUGUACACACAAUUGUCGCCGCACCCCGAGUAGGACCCGAUCCUGCCUCGAUCACCUGCCCCUCCUGCCAGAAGCACGUUAUCACCCGUCUAGAUUACGAGACCUCGACCAAGACGCACAUCAUGGCCGGUCUGCUGUGUUUAUUCAUUUGCUGGCCCUGCUUCUGGAUUCCGUACGUGGUGGACUCGUGCAAAAAUGCGAACCACUACUGUCCCCAUUGCAGUGCAUACAUCGGAACAUACCGAAGCUAAAAAUGUUCACUAUGCGCACCACGGGACGGCCUCGGAUACACCAUUCAUAUCACGCAGCUUAUCACAAUAGCGCGUAGCAAACCUCCUAACUCGCCAUAUUUACCAUCACCGUAUGUUCGCAUAUUGAAUUCUUCAGUCCCGUGCUUUUUGGGUUAUCCAGCCGAAAGCCAGUUCCUUCCAGCAGAGAUCAAAUUGAAAUUGCGACAGCAGCCCGGCCCAGUUAGCUUAAAAUAAAAUUACUGUGGAAAUAAAUUUGCGCUCCCGCGGAAUAAUUACAAAGCCAAUAAUGCGAGCAUAUAUAGUAUUUUUGUUUUUUAUUUAAUUUAAAAUAUUCACUAUGUACUCUUGAUAUAAGAGGACACAUAUAUAGAUUAGUUAAAGCUAAAAGGAAAGAAAGUUAUAGAUAGGAAUUGAAAAUAUUUAGUAGAUGUAGAUAAAUUUUUAUAAUGAUAUAUAAAAUAUAAACAUCCUUUUGGUAAACUGUUGUGACUGAACCAUGUAUAUUUAUGUACAUAAUUCUUGUUCUAUGAAUAAAAAUAUUCAUACAUUCCCAUAAAGGAUUUAAAAAUAUAUAUAUUUUCACUUGAUCGAGCAUUAGA